UAACAUGCUCACUCUGCAAUAUAGUAACAUAGAGAGAUCUGAUGACUAUAUCACUGUACCUCUUUAACCAAAAGCCCAGUGUUAUAAUGAUUAUUGUAUUGUCUCUGAUAUUUACAUGGCAAGGAUUUGUCAAUCUCUUAAAACUCCCUAAACAAACAAAUAGAAACUGUAAUGGGACUCAAGAAGGAACCUUAGGAAACAACUGGGCCGUUCCCUUUACUUUGCCCUAUCCUCCUCCCCUUCAAGUCAAUAGCAAAAACUCCCUGGGCUUCCCUGAGCAGCCAGAGGUAACAAUUCCUGCUCUCCCAGAGGUAAGCGAACGAAUGGAGAGACGUGCAGGCUACUUCCAGCCGAGACUCCAUACCCUCCGCCAGAGAGGGACACAUCCCAGUGACCUACAGAGAUUUCUGAUGAGGAGCAAAACCGAACGGGAACGAACUGAUCAUCCUCUCACAGACGAAAUGACUCACUUCUGGGAACUAACAGCUCCCUUCAGCAGGUGACAAAGCUAUCAGCCUGGCUCCCCAUGCUACGGCCGUUUCCUUCUAAUCUUGCACGCGGCCGGGCGCCUGUAUUGCCCAGCUUUGCGUUAUUUCCCUUUAAGCUGGUGUCAGGUACUGUGAAGAGGAAGAGCGGGGGGAGGAGAUGGCUGGAGGGUUCCACCACAGGCUCACGCAAUGCAAACUCUGCACGCAACUGGGAGGCGACAGGCAGAGGAGGGGGAAACUUUCCAACUUCAUAAACCCUGAAGAUGAAGGAGAUUUUCCCUCCUGCCAGAGAAGUCCGCGAGCCCACAGCCCCGCCAGCCGUUCAACUGGAACCGCUUUGCUAAAACGUUCACCAAAAGGCAGGAAACCUCGAAGGCUCAGCCAGUCCAGAUGGGUUGGGGCCAAAGGCAAUUGACAAAGAGCCGGGUCCCGUAGGGAAGAACCGGGCGGCUGCGAUUUGUCAAUACCAGGCUAACUACGGGCUGGAGGCUGCAGCUGCUGGUGGAAUUGAAGCCAGGAGAGCCAGUGCCAGAAGACUGCCCAGCCGGGCUCCGGCUCAACUCAGGGGGACACUAAACUGUCCUGUAAGCCGCUCAUUUGCUCCAGCAGGUUUUGGUUGCCCCAUCCCCCGGGCUCUAUGCAGGGAUCACAUCUGGCUGAUGUCUAUUUAGUCUGAACUAGGCAGGCUGUUGAAGUGCGAGCUCUGAAGGGUUAACACGCUCGGAAGAUUAGAACAACGCACGAUGCGGGAUCGGGUGCAAUUGGCAUUUGCCUGCACAUGACCUGCCAAGCUCCGGGUGACAAGAACCUGGGCUUCUAAUGAGUUUCCCACAGUCUGGGAUCUGAACCUCACUGCUGCGCUGCGUGCUGAGUCUCCUGCUGGGGCUGCCCAAUUGCACGGAUCACAGCUGCUGCGGGCUGCCCGGAUCCUCCCACUGGAGCCCAGAAAUCUCCGAUGGAAGCAUUUUUCAGCAGCAUGGCCCUCCGGCGGCUGGAAGAGGCGCUCUCCAGCAUCCCGCCGCUGCAGAGCGCCCUGCUGCUGCUCAUCUCCCUGCUCGCCGCCAUCCACCUGGCGAAGCUCCUCCUGCGGCAGCGGCGCCUGGAGCCCCCGGGCCCUUUCCCGUGGCCCCUGAUCGGCAACGCGGCUCAGCUGGGCAGCGCCCCGCACCUCACCUUCGCCCGCCUGGCCCGCACCUACGGCGACGUGUUCCAGUUGCGCCUGGGCAGCCGGCCCGUGGUGGUGCUGAACGGCGAGCGCGCCAUCCGCGGGGCGCUCAUCCGCCAGGGGGCCGCCUUCGCCGGCCGGCCGCGCUUCCCCUCCUUCCAGCUGGUGUCCGGGGGCCGCAGCCUGGCCUUCGGCGGCUACUCCGAGCUGUGGAAGCUGCAGCGCCGGCUGGCGCACUCCACCGUGCGGGCCUUCUCCACCGGCAGCCCGGCCCCGCGCCGCCUGCUGGAGCAGCACCUGCUGGGCGAGGCGCGGGCGCUGGUGGCGCUGCUGGUGCGGGGCAGCGCGGGCGGCGCCUUCCUGGACCCCGGGCGCAGCCUGGUGGUGGCCGUGGCCAACGUGAUGAGCGCCCUGUGCUUCGGCCGCCGCUACAGCCACGGCGACGCCGAGUUCCUGCGCCUGGUGGGCCGCAACGAGCAGUUCGGCCGCACGGUGGGGGCCGGCAGCCUGGUGGACGCGCUGCCCUGGCUCCAGCGCUUCCCCAACCCGGUGCGCGCCGCCUACCGCGCCUUCCGCCAGCUCAACCGCGACUUCUACAGCUUCGUGCGGGGCAAGUUCCUGCAGCACCGCGGCAGCCUGCGCCCCGGGGCCGCCCCCCGCGACAUGCUGGACGCCUUCAUCCGCCUCCAGCAGGCGCAGCCCCGGCUGCCGCUAGAGCACGUGCCCGCCACCGUCACCGACAUCUUCGGGGCCAGCCAGGACACCCUCUCCACCGCCCUGCAGUGGCUCAUCAUCUUCCUCAUCCGAUAUCCAAAGGUGCAGGUUAAAAUGCAAGAAGAAGUGGAUAGGAUUGUUGGCAGAGAUCGCUUGCCCUGUGCAGAAGAUCAACCUCAUUUGCCCUAUGUUAUGGCUUUCCUUUAUGAAUCCAUGCGUUUCAGCAGCUUUGUGCCAGUCACUAUUCCACAUGCCACCACAGUCGACACCUCCAUAAUGGGCUACUUCAUUCCCAAAGAUACAGUCAUAUUCAUCAAUCAGUGGUCAGUGAAUCAUGACCCAGAAAAAUGGUCCAACCCAGAGGAUUUUGAGCCAACAAGAUUCCUGGAUGAGAAUGGAUUCAUUAACAAAGAUCUUACUAGCAAUGUGAUGAUUUUCUCAUUGGGUAAACGUAGGUGCAUUGGAGAGGAGUUAUCCAAGAUGCAGCUCUUUCUUUUUACUUCCAUACUGGUACACCAGUGCAAUUUUAUUGCUAACCCAAAUGAGGACUCUAAAAUGGAAUUCACCUAUGGGUUGACCAUUAAACCUAAGCCAUUUACAGUUAAUGUCACUCUUAGGGAGACUAUGGAUUUGCUAGAUAAAGCUGUCCAAAGACUGCAAGCAGAGAAAACAGCUACUGAAAUUCAUCUAUCAGCAAAUCUGUGAACACUGACGUUUGAAUAAAAGAUAUAAGGAUGCUCCCGCCUCUCUCUUUUUAGACUUAAAAUAAAGUAAAUAAUAAUAUGCAGCACUGGUGAGCUCUUUGUAGUAUACCAAGUACCACAAAACACCGGGGAGUGGAAUUGCCCAAGCAUUAAGCAGGUCCUUUUUUUUAAUUCGAGAGAGAGAGAGAGAGAGUGCACGAGGGGAGCCUUAUAAAAAUAUUAAGUACUGAAAUACAGGCAAAAAAUGUGAUUUAAAAGUAAAUUUGUUUUUGGGGUAACAGGCAGAAGAAAACAGUUAUUUUAAUACCCUCCUCAUUAACUGCCUGGCUGGAGUGUCCCAGCCACUCCUUGCGCAACCCUUUCCAUGUCUCAUUGCAGCUGUCUCAGCUCUAAUUUGCCUUCAAAGACUCUACAUCCCAAAGUGAAAUCUUGUGUGGAAAGAGGUGCCUAGAUUGUUGGAGCUAGAUUCUGCAAGCGCCCUAUGCAGGGAACUGCCAUGGGCUCAUGUUACAUCCUGGGACAUGCGCUGGGAUGUGUUUCAGUGCCUUGACGAUAAACUUUCAAAUGAAGUUGGGUAAAAUGCCAAGCUUGCCUUUAACAUUCCAAAGUAUUUAAAGUAUGACUACAAAAAGACUUAUUUAUGAGCACAACGGAAUUUUGAAAUGUAUUUCAUAAUCUAUAUGUGAACAAAUGGAAUGUACUGAAAUUCAUUACAUCUCAAGCAGAAAGAUUAAAAGUGGUAAGUCACCAAAUAGCAGAUAUGAGAUAUAAUCCAUUAAUUUAUUCAUAAGCAGAAGCAAAGGUACUGAUCAAAGGAAAAAUAAUAGAUAUUUUCAUUAGGAAAACCUACUUAAGGAUGGCCUUUUAUUGUGGACUGUUUAUUUUCUCAGCUAAAAGCUUAUGCCUGAUUCUGCCAAUCUUUAGGCACAUGCCAACACUUAAUCAUAGAAUCAUAGAAUAUCACAUGAGCAGUCCUAUUAAAAUUCACGUAGGUUUGCAGGAGGACUUGUGUCUUAGAACUUUUGUGCCACUAAGAUCAAACAACAUGUGGAAUAGAUAUAGUUAUGUUCCUAUAAUCAUUCUAUUAGCUGGAGUUAAAAUUAUGCCUAUGAUGGUUCAUCAUGUACUAUUAAUGUGAUCUACUUCCAGUAAGGACAUGAAACAAAAUAAUGGGAGUUUGGAUUACAUACAAUUAUUGGGGCCCAAUCAGGAUAAUUUGGGCAUUUUGUAGUUUGCAUUAUUUCACAUAGCCUUGUGAUCAGCUGUUAAGUAAAACAUACAUGAGAAGUAUUUUAGUCUUGAACCACUCUGUAAUGGUUAUAUAGGAUAAUGAACAACACUCAGAGAACCUGCUUUUUAAUAUAUAAAAGUGCAGACCCUGCAAAGUGUUGGGCACCUCCUGUGAAACACAAACCACUCUCUACUCUAAAUGAAAUCCAUGGGAGUUAGAGGCACUCAGCACAUUGCUUGAGGUGCGUAGACUAUUGCAAAAUCAGACCCUAUGGUAUACAGAGGAAUAUGGGCCUGGUGCUAUAAACAUGAAAUCAGUGGGACUACUUGAUGGAGUGAGGACUGCUUACAUGAAUAAAGAUUUGAAGGACUGAGGCCCUAUAUUAUACAGUAGGUGACAAUCCUACCCCCUAUUGACAGCAAUGGCAAAAUUCACAGUGCUUUUGGAUGGGAGCAACGUUGAAGGCCUGAUCCUGAUCACACUGAAGUACAUAGGAGCUUUGCUAUUAACUUCAAAGGAAUCUGUAUCAGGGUCUUUAAAGCAUUGCCCCCUAAACCCAGGUAGCAGGGACACACCCGACUCAGCUAUUUCAAAUCUCUGAUUUUGUAGGGAAUGUACGUCCAUGUUUUUCAAAACUAAACGUUAAAAUCAAAGGCUUUUUUAAAUCUAAAAGGGGUAUCCCUCAGGUAUUUUGUGGACUACAUAAAAUCUUUGAUAUCCCAGAACUUAGCCUAUAUCUGUGAAAUGUUGUAUAACAUUCUUAACAUAGUCAUACUCAGAUCUAUACUGGAUCAACACAUUUUUUUCACUUAUACUUUUAUAUGUCCAUAAAAAUGUCUGUAACCUUCAACAGAAUAGUUAUUCUAAUUCAAGGAUCAUUGUUUUCUAUUUCAGUAAACAAUACUGUUUUUGUAAUUUUGUACUUCUCCCAAAAGCUUUAAAAUAUGUAUCUGUCAUAACAUGACUGUCAUUCAUACAGUUGAAAUUGAUUUGUGUGGAUGUCUAUGAUCAGGUGAUGCACAUAUUUGACAAGCAUUUAUACUGUGUAUCAUACUAUCACUGUAAAAUUCUUCAAGUUUAUUAAUACCCAGAUAAAAUGUAUGCAGUUCUUAAACAGCUAAUCUUUGUGGUCAUUUUAAGAUGGAUCACUGUAUUACCAAAAUAUUAAAUAAAAAUUAUUCUUACAAUAAA